UUUUUUUUAUUAAAAAUGUAUCAAUAAUAGCUAGAACACUAGUAAACUAAGCUAAUUUAGCAUAUUUUAACUUUCUGUGCAAAGUCAUUAUUACUGAAAAAAAUUCCAAAGUCAGGUCAGCCUGUGGCACCCUCCACUGAACGUGACAGAAGGAAAAAAAAAACUUCACCCGUGACCUUCAUUAAAACAGAAUUUGCUUUUUUAUUUUUUUUAUUUUUGGACCCACUGAGCUAUAAACAGGGAUGAACAAAAUGAAUCAGGUCCUACAGCUGCAACUACUAGGACCAAAAGGUGUUGUUAGUAACAUUUAUAGGCUCUCAUCUACUGCAUCCAAAUCAGCCUUUCACUACUACGACAUUCUUGGCCUCAGACCAUCGGCCACACAAAAUCAGAUAAAGUCAGCGUAUUAUGAGAAGUCUAAAAAGUACCAUCCUGACACUGCACAGUGUGUUCAGGACCACUCUCAGUUCACUGAAAUAAAUGAGGCAUAUGAGGUCCUUGGAAACAUAAGAAAGAGACGCAUGUAUGAUAGAGGGGUCUAUAAUCACGGUCAUAUGAGCAGUGAGAGAAGCUCCCCUGAAACAGAGGAAGAUUACACACAAGCUUUUCGUAAUGCGUCUCAGCAGCAAAAACAUAGGCCCAGACCCCCUACAGGACACACCAAAAUCUACAACUUUGAUGAAUUUUAUCGGCAACAUUACAACGAAAACCGUGAAAGAAAAGCUGAAGAGUUUAAAGCAUACCAGAAUUACAUGGAGAUGAAGUUAAAAGCUGAGCAGGAACAAAAUGAAUUUCCUGUAUCAUCACUGAUUAUUCUGUGCGCAGUGAUACUUUGUUCUUUUGUAAUCUGGUAUAAGGAUGAUAAAGACAUUGUUUAUGUAAAUAGUAAAAACAAAUGACAGUUCUCUGACCUUUAGUGUUAUAAAAUCUAUAUUUAAUCUCUUCUUAUGUACACCAGAUAAUAAUAGACACUAAAGUAGAUCUUUAUGACAAGCUGAUAUCAGGACUAACCUUGAACUGAUUUUAGUUUGCUAUCAAAACCUCAUUAAUUAUCAUUAAUUAUGAGUCCAUUGUCUGAAAUGACUGGUAACAUUUUCAACAAAUGGCGUUAUAGGCCAUCUGCUAUCCAUAAGACAGUAAGACUGUUAACCAACUAUCCACCUUGAACUAAUGAAUCCAGACACAAGUCUGACAACAGUGAACCACUGCCUGUUGCUGAACUACUCCAACUUAUCUUGUGGGGAAUCCUGCUUGUUUUCUCUUGGACUUAUUUAAGUGCAGAUAAUUAUCUGAUAAUUAUUAUAUGCAACAAAGACGUAUCAUUUAAUAUGUUUUUUUAGAUUUGAUAUAGAUGAAAAAAGUAUAAGAAUGUAUAUUUGUAUGUAUAGAAAUUUAUUAAAAGAAUGUACAUUUGUGUGAAUAGGAAUAAUUUUGGGCUUUCGUUCGAUUCAA